CGGGAGGCGGCGGCCGGCAAGCCUCCGCAGGGCAUGCCGGGACUCGUAGUCCCAUUGGCGGAUCCAUCCCAGGCAGCGGCGGAGUAAAGAACUACGACUCCCAGAAAGGAGUGCAGCUCACCACGGGGAGGCUACAGGAAGCCGGGCCAGGAGGCCGCGGAGCCUCACAACAUCCGGGCCCCGGCGCCCGCGGCCGGUUGCUAUGGAGACGAGCUGCCGCCACCAGAGAGGACUCGGAAAGCUGCCUGGAUCGGGCGGAUCGGUUUAUGCUCACUGAUCCAGCCAAUAGUUCCUCUCUAGUUUAAUUAGGUGCAAGUAAAAGGCCACUUCCCGGGGCGCUCGCCGGUCCUCUGCCAUCUACUGCAAGAGAAGAUUUACAUUUGCCGGAAGAAUUUACAAAGGGAGCGACAAUGACGGACACCGACUGGGAUAAGAACUGUACUUCAGCUUCCAAUUCAGACACAGAAAUGAAACUUGAACCACCACCCCCUUGUGUGAACCCUGGCAAUCCGGUGUUUUCAUGUAUGUUGGACCCAAAGACACUCCGUACAGCUACGUCACUAUCGAAACCCCAGAUGAUUCUGUAUAAAACCAAUUCAAGUCAUUAUGGUGAAUUUCUGCCUAUGCCGCAGUUUCUGCCCUGCAAUUAUACUCCAAAGGAACAAGUAUUUUCAAGCCAUAUCAGAGCAACUGGAUUUUAUCAAAACAACAGUCUAAAUACUGCACCUGACAAAACCAGAACCCUUGAUUUUCCUAAUUUUCAACACACUCUGUGAAAAUAUAUUCUUUGCCUAUUUAAGAGAAAAUAUGAGAAGGAAAAAUGAGUUUUAAAUCCAAGAUUAA